UGCAACUUGAAAACGAAGUUACGAUGCCUUCGAAAAAGUGGCUGGUGAUUGGUAUUUCGGGUGCUACGAGCAGCGGGAAGACUUCCAUAGCCAAACGACUUCAUAAGGAGUUGAAGAAUUCGACGAUCCUGCAUCAAGACGAUUAUUUCUUACCAAUGGACGAUCCGCGGCAUAUAAAAAUAGAAGAGCUGAAUCACUUCAAUUGGGAAGUGAUAACCAGCAUGGACAUGGACAGAAUGCGUUCGGAUAUUUUCAAAAUUAUGAAGACUUCCACGGAUGAACGUAAUGAUUUGUCGGCGAAAUCUGAUAGAAAUAUUCUAAUAUUGGAAGGAUUCAUACUUUUCAAGGACAAGAUUAUUUCGAAUUUAUGCGAUGUUAAAUACUGCAUAACAUUGACGAAGGAGGACUGCUGGCAGCGGAGAAAGAAAAGGGUUUACGACCCGCCGGAUGUACCUGGGUACUUCGAGAAAGUCGUAUGGCCGGAGUAUUCGAUGUACAUGGAAGAAUUGACGAAAGACAGAGAUCUUUGCGAGAGUAUAAUGUUCAUUGAUGGGUUAAAAACCAUGGAUGAGAUAUUCGAAACCAUUUUUACAAACGUCAAAAAGAAGCUAGCUUAGAACUGAAUCGUCGUUGCUAUAAUCAUAAACGUCUCUAGGUACUUCGAGAAUAUUUAAAGCACAAAGAAGAAUUAACGAAAGAAAGAAAAAAAUUAACAAUUAAUAUUCAUUAGUGGAUCGAAAAGCAAGGAGGAGAUACAUGAAGUUGUUUUCAGCUUAGAACCCAGUAGUCAUUACUGUAGAUAAUCAUAAGAGUUUUAAUGCUAAGAAAUAAAUAUAUAUAUCCACGAAACUGUCUUUCCGUACACAAAGUCGUGAACAAUAUAAAAUAUUAUAAGAUUCAACUUUUGUAAUAAUCGAGACAGCAUUUAAAAAUAAACUAAUUACAGUAAUAAAUAUUAA